AUGGACUGCUGGCAGGCCACGCAGGGCACCGAGCUCGACCCGGCGUUCAAGGGCGACUGGACCACGCGAGCCGUCGGCGUGGCGUGCACGCUCGACGACGUCGUGCCGACGUGGAUCGCGUUGCACCCGUUCCUGGGAUAUCGAGACCUCGCCCGCUCGACGGCCGAGGAGGACUCCACGGGCGACGGCGAGAAGCGCUGGGUGUACGGCCCGGUUUUCAAGGUUCAGGACGUGCCCGCGGAACCGCUGGACCUGAAGGCGCCCCUGCCGAAGGAGAGGGAUCCGCGCUCGGAGUUUAAGGUCCGCGACCUCCUCGACGGCGAGAAGCGCACGUACCCGACGAUCGACGCGCUUCGAGAGGCGCUGAAGCCCGGGGACUGGCCCAUGCGCAACGUCGUGUCCGUCAACCUCGGCGCCGUGACCCCCUCCGAGGACCUGACCAAGUUCGUCAGCGAGGAACUCGGAACGCUCGCGCCCAAGCUGGAGUACCUCGACAUAUCCAGCCUCACGCACCGUUCCUUCACCCACGUCGAGCUCGCCAAGACGAUCAAAUCGGCGCAGUGCCUCCGCGUGCUGCUGAUGCCCCGUACCUUCGGGCCGUCGUUCCGAGCCAUCGAGUUUCACCCGUGGCUCGAGUACGUCCGUUUCAGCCGCCGAUGCGACGACGUCGAGGCCGACGUCGACGCCAUCCUCGCGAAUUGCCAGAAGAUCGAGCGCCUCGACUUCACCGACUUCGAGGACGUCGAGGGCGCGAAGAAGGGCGCGAGGAGCGCGAGGCGCAAGAUCAGGAGCGCCAAGGCGUUCUGGGCGUCCGGCGGCGGACGAGUUCCGCCCCUCGCCGGAUGGCGCCCGGAGACGUACGCCAUCUGGACAGAUUCGGUGUACGCCACCGUGGGCGCGCUCAAGGGCGAGCGGCGGCUGGGGGAUACAGACGAUCCGAGUCGCAUCGUGGACUGCCUCGACGACGCGGAGUGGAAGCGGUACGUCGAGGACGAUUACGUCGAGGCGGCGGAGGACUACUGA